AUGCUAGAAGACAGGGCUUUAACACCACGUAAAACGUCUAGAAAUUACAGUUUAGUUCAAGAGUAUUAUGGUCAUGGUAAUGUAGAAGAUAUUUAUCUGGAAUAUGAUUUGCCACCAGAUGCUUGGAUUACUAAUUGUAUAAGAAUUUGUAAAAGUUUAUUCCGAAUAUCUUCUAUUAGAGUUAAGUUGUUGGAAAAUGCACUCAGGCAUCUUCCAAGUAUAAUCACGCCAACCAAAUUUUCCACAACAAAGACAAAGGAGCUCGUGCAGGCGAUUUAUCAAUCGUAUCAAGUAUUUGUUUACAACUAUUUAUCACCACCACCACCAACAUCUCGACUUGUGAAUAAUACCCAGCCAGUAAAUCUUUCAAGACGAGUUGGUGUGAAACAGUCCCCAUUCUUUACAGCAUUCUACGAUCAUCAUACAGUUACUGUCACACUCGACUCCGGUGCCGAAAUAAAUAUGAUACGGACUGCCCUAGCCAAAGCCAUAGGUGUACCUAUUACUAAGAGCACACAGACUGCAACUCAAGCUGAUGGCAAAACCCCCUUAUCCAUAUAUGGAGAAACCCACAUAACCUUGGUUAGAAAUUCUUCAAAUCUCAUUUUAGAUGCACUUAUUGUAGAUGAUCUUGAUGUCGACAUACUCGCUGGCAUACCCUUCUUUGUCAACAAUGAUAUAGCAGUACGUCCAUCCGGGAAUCAAAUUUUAAUUGGUGAUAAUAUAACUAUCACGUACACUGAGCGACGACAAACCGUUUCAAAGAUUUAUUCAGGUGCACACAUCCUCCGAGCAACAACAACUACUACUUUGUGGCCUGGUGAUUACAUAGAACUCUCUCUACCUUCAGACGUUAAACCAUCUGAAAAUCAAGUAAUGGCCUUGGAACCACGAUUAGAAAGUCAAACCUCAAAUGGGUGGCUUACACCCCAACUGUUUACACCUGUUGGUGGUGUUAUUAGAUUAGCAAACCCCAUCAACGAACCUAUUGUUGUACGAAAAAAUGACCAUAUUUGUCAAGUUUUGCCCACUCUCGACAGAUAUGUGCACAGUACUGAACCUGAAACCAAACCAACACACACUACGUCAGAUCUAACCUACUUGGAUAAGAUUACAGUCGAUCCAGAUAACAUCUUGCCAUUAAAUCUUAAACAAGAAUUCUAUAAAUUACACAAACGCUACAGUUCUGUUUUCGACCCAUCAUCUUGCUGGAACAGCCAAUAUACCAGUCGCAACGCACCCCCUUGUUCCGAACCCCUUUGUCAGAUAUGUUCCUUUAUCCACACCAUUGAGGAGUCCACAGUCCGGGCCAUUUCUGCUGACGAUGUACUUACCGGAAACCUACGCCUACCAUUCUCCUCCCGAUCAGCCUGGUUACAAAUUCAACAUGACUGUCCAGAUUUACGGCGUACUCACGCUCACUUAACUCAAGGUACUAGACCAUCUAAAAAAGCCACUGAUAUAAAAGAUGUUAAACGGUACCUUCGAUCUGCACAAAUAACUAAAGAUGGCCUUCUUGUUGUUCGUAAAGAAGAACCUCUAGCCCCAACAAGAGAAUGCAUCAUAGUUCCAAGACCUGUACUUCAUGGAUUACUUACAGCAUUACAUUUAAAGUUUUGUCAUCCGUCCAAACAUCAACUCCGACUACUCUUUCUCAGAAAUUUUUCGGCAUUAGACUUGGACGCUGCCAUCGAAGUAACGACCAAUCAAUGCCAUACUUGCUCCUCUCUUCAAAAGAUUCCACCCUCACUCACCUUACAUGACACCGAAACUCCUCCAAAUUCUAUUGGGAUAAAUUUUGCUGCAGAUGUGGUCAAGCGUUACCGUCAACUUGUAUUAAUUCUACGUGAAACCGUCACUUCUUACACUACGGCCUGUUUAAUUGAAAAUGAACAGAAAACCACCUUACGUUCCGCGCUUUUACAGUUAUGCCAUACCAGUUAUGCCAUACCAGUUGAUUGCCAGUCCGUCAGUGUCCGAGUUGAUCCCGCACCUGGAUUAACGUCCUUAGUUAAUGACGAACUACUGAAAACUUAUAACAUUCACUUAGAUAUUGGACGAGCCAAGAACAUCAACAAAAACCCCGUUGCUGAAAAGGCGAUAUAUGAAUUUACAGACGAAUUGCUAAAAUUCGAACCCCAUUGCACCUCAAUAUCACCAUUAACACUUUCUGUUGUGUGUUCUCGUCUGACUGCUAGGAUAAGAGGUCGAGGACUCUCUGCCAGAGAAAUGUGGACUCUCCGGGAUCAAUUUUCCAACGAACCCAUCUCUGUUUCCAACCAAGAGCUCAUACAAUCUCAGCAUGACCUUCGGGUACACAACCAUCCGUUCAGUGAAAAAUCAAAAGCAUGUGGGCGUGGUCCAGCAAAUCCCGACACAUUUCAAAUUGGUGACAUUAUUUACCUUAAGAGUGACCGCAACAAACGAUCAGCUCGUGAUAAAUAUCUUGUCGUAAAUAAAAGUAAUAAGUGGCGUGACAUUCAGAAAUUUGCAGGGACUCAACUCAGAUCCAAACCAUAUCAUGUUAAAAUCACUGAAUGCUUCAAAGUUCCAGCAUACGAAUUCGAAUCUGAAGUUAAACGACCAAUCUUCGACUAUACUAAUGACUCAAGUGAGUCUGAUGAAGAUAUUGGAGAGAAUUUAGCAAAUAAGUCCCAAUCUACGACGAUUCCACAGAAUCAUGAUAUUCCAGAAGAACUUAUUCUUCCAGCUUCCCCAGAAGAUCUAUCUAUUCCUCAACCUACAGGAUUCCGUCGGUCUUCUCGACAAAAAAAACCUCCGAAGUACCGUCAAGACUUUGUAAGAUAG